UCAUUUAAUACUUAAUAUGUCUCUAUGUUAGGAAAACUUCUUAGAAGAUAAAAAUUAUGUUUAUAUUUAGAUAUAAAAUGUCUAACUUCAUCUUUCAUGAACAAAGGCUACUGAGGGAGAAUUUGUGAAUCUGCAUGUGAUUUUUUUUAAUUAAAGGCAAAAAAAUGAUACUGACAAUGAAGGGCUGGACUGAGAAACAGUACCCUGUAUUACAACAGAAAUGAGGAAAAGAGGUAGUGGGCAACAGAGAACUUUGUACUGCUCAUAGAUCCCCCAAGAAUCCCUGUCCCCUUCCCCCCAACCUCCUGCCAGAAUGUUGGGUUUCAAAGAAUGAGCAGAUUAACGGAUAUCAGGGAGUUCUGUGGCCUGGACUGAGGAUAAGGAUAGUUUGUCAGGGUUAAAGUACUGGCUGAAUCAUUACAGACUUUCUACUUGGUAUAUGUCUCUGUGAGGAUAAAGAGAACUUAGACAAGGAGCAUUAAAGCUGUUCCUGUUUGAACAAAGUCAUACAGUAAGGCAACAACCGAAGAUCAAGAGGGAAGCAAGAGUAUAAAGACAGCCUCAAAUUUGUAAGACCGAGUUGGGAAGCAGUCACCCAUAAGGGAGCCAGGUUAGAUCUCAAUCUCCAAGGUUCAGCAUGCCAAGGAAAGCUGCUGCUGAUGGACACAGGCCCUGCAUCAUCAACUGAUUCACUAAGGCCAUGUCAGUGGCCACCUCUAUGAGAGAUUCUGCCUCUAUACGGCCUUCUCUAUGGAAAAACCAAGUGGCCUUGAAAAAGGGUAAGAUCCAGUUUCAGACUUGGGCUCAGCAGAAGAGGGACUUAAGGCUGGGGCCAGUGCCAGGAUCUUCAUGUAUCCGUUUGGGAAUUGUGAUACUAUUGGUGGUUUUCCUGCCAAGUAUGUACUGUGACCUGGGGUCAGUAUAUCAUACUUUCUAUGAAAUAAUUAUUCCCAAGGAGCUGAUACUUCAGGAAAGGGAUGGCCAAGAGAAAAAUACAUCCUACAUGAUACCUAUGCAGGGCCAGAAACAGGUGAUUCACCUGAAAGUGAAGACAGACUAUUUUAUCAAGAACUUUCCAGUCUUCAGCUACCACAAUGGCAUCCUGGGACAAGAAAUGCCUUUCAUCUCACAUGACUGUCACUAUGAAGGCUACAUAGAAGGACUCCCAGGCUCUUUUGUUUCUGUCAACACCUGUUCAGGCCUCAGGGGCAUCCUGAUUAAGGAGGGGAAAUCCUAUGGCAUUGAGCCCAUGGACUCUUCAAAACAGUUUGAACAUGUGUUGUACACCAUGGCCCAUCAAGCACCAGUCUCCUGCAGUGUCACUUCCAAAGACAGCCCAGUGGUGUCCACCAGCCGACAACAAGGGAGCAGGAAGCCUGGCGGUCUACAGGAGCUGUCCUACUUGUGGUCACUCACCAAGUAUGUGGAGAUGUUUGUUGUGGUCAACAACCAGCGGUUCCAAAUGUGGGGCAGUGACGUCAAUGAGACGGUCCAGAGAGUGAUGCACAUCAUUGCCCUGGCCAACAGCUUCACGAGGGGAAUAAACACAGAGGUGGUGCUGGCUGGAAUGGAGAUUUGGACCGAGGGGGACCUCAUAGAGGUCCCAGUGGACCUGCAAGUUACACUCAGGAAUUUCAACAGCUGGAGACAAGAGAAGCUCCUCCAUCGUGUGAAGCAUGAUGUUGCCCACAUGAUUGUCGGACAGCAUCCUGCACAGGGUAUGGGACAGGCAUUUCUCAAUGGUGCCUGUUCAAGUGGUUUUGCAGCAGCUGUUGAAUCCUUCCAUCAUGAAGAUGUCCUGCUGUUUGCAGCGCUCAUGGUCCAUGAGCUUGGGCACAACUUGGGUAUUCGGCACGACCACUCAGCCUGCAUUUGUAGAGACAAACCCCUCUGCCUCAUGCAGGACAAUAUCACUAAAGAAAGUGGCUUCAGCAACUGUAGCUCUGACGACUUCUACCAGUUCCUCCAGGAACACAGAGGGGCCUGCCUAUUUAACAACCCUCAGCGGCACAAAGGCCGCUUGCGGAGGGGUUCCUACUGUGGAAAUGGUGUGGUGGAGGGUGAGGAGCAGUGUGACUGUGGUUCUGCCUGUUACACUGACCCGUGCUGUGACCAAACAUGUAGCCUGAAGGGGAGUGCAGAAUGUAGUGAUGGACUCUGCUGUUUUGGUUGCCGGUUGAAGAAUAAGGGAUCCAUGUGCCGUUCUGCUUUGGGAGAGUGUGACCUCCCAGAGUAUUGUGAUGGUACCUCUGCAGAGUGCCCCACAGACACCUACAAGCAAGAUGGGACGUCGUGCGGUAGACUGCACUACUGUGUUGGGGGUCUGUGUAGGAACCCUGAUAAUCAGUGCAUGGCUAUGUAUGGGGACACUGCACGGUCAGCCCCAGAAAACUGUUACAUUUCAAUGAACAGCAAAGGGGACCGGUUUGGAAACUGUGGCCAUCCCACCUCGGCAAUGUCAAGAUAUGUUAAGUGUUUUGAUGAUAAUGUAUUUUGUGGGAAAAUUAUAUGUACAAAUAUUAGACGGGUCCCAUCCAUCAAACCCCAUCACACACUGAUCCAGAUUCCUUAUGAAGGUGACUUCUGCUGGAGCUUGGAUGUCUACAACAUUACUGAUAUCCCUGAUGAGGGAGAUGUGCACUCUGGCACUGCUUGUGCCCCAAACAAAGUCUGCAUGAGUUACUCCUGCACUGAUCAUGCUGUGCUCAACUAUGACUGCAGACCAGCAGAAAUGUGCAAUGGGAGAGGAGUCUGUAACAAUGUAAGGCACUGCCACUGUGAGGCUGGCUAUGCACCCCCUGACUGCAGAACUCCAGGAAAUGGGGGGAGUGUGGACAGUGGUUCCCCUGCUAAACCAACUGAUGAAAAUCUAAGUGCAGGUGAAGGUGGCAGUCCUGCUAAACUUAAGAAUGAAUUUCAAAAUCUUGGUGUUAUAGUUUUCAUACUCCCUGCAUUUCUUUUACUAUUAUUGAUAUUAUUAAUAUGUUGCAUUAGUCUUAAUGCUGGCAUUGAGUCAGUAGAUACCCCAGGGGCCUCCACAACAUUGAGUUCAGAGCAUACCAUUACUGAAUCAGAGGAGGAAAUCAGAGAGGAGGACCUCCCACCAGAAGAAGCCUCCCCACCAGAGGAGCCACCGCCACCAGGGGAGCCACCACCACCAGAGGAGCCACCACCACCAGGGGAGCCACCACCACCAGGGGAGCCACCACCACCAGGGGAGCCACCACCACCAGAGGCGCCUCCCCCACCAGAGGCGCCUCCCCCACCGGAGGCGCCUCCCCCACCUGAGGCGCCUCCCCCACCAGAGGCGCCUCCCCCACCUGAGGAGCCUCCCCCACCAGAGUCAUAAGUGAUGGUAGCAAUUGAAGCACAGAAAUAACCAAAGGGAGAAGAGUAGUUGAGGAAGAAGCCAAAGAAUAUCAAAUACCUCAAGUACUGAGUAGGAAUGGAAGGCUUAGAAAGGCAAAGAGAAAGUGAGAAUUGAUGGCUCUAGUAGUGCUGAUGGGACUGUAUAAUCUACAGAAAUACUACAUAGGAAGAGAACUCCUGCUUUCAAUAUUUACUUAGUAAUUUGAUUAUACAUAUAUGAAAUCGUACAUGAAAUAUUCUGUAUUUUUGCUUUUCCCCAUUUCAUGAAACUAAGUUUUUCUCAUGGAUCAUUGCUAGUUGUUUCAUUUAGGCCACUUUUUGACCUGAAAUUUUUUUCACGGCGUACCAUCUUCCAUCUACAUUGUUUGACAUAAUGUAUUAUCUGUACCUAUAUUACUAUAGAUACAGAUAAUACGAUAUUCCAUCUACAUUGUUUGACAAUGUAUUAUCUGUACCUAUAUUACUGGAUUAUUCAAACCAGUGACAACAAUGCAUUAUUUUAGGAACAUUAUCUAUUGAGUACUUUGAUUUGCCCUAACCGUUUCUAUUCCUGAAAGAGAUAAUUUAAAAUAAAUAAGUAAAUAAAUACAAGGUUAUUUGCAGAUUAAGCAUCAUUUCAGACUCCAUGCAGCCUAGUACUUGGGGUUUCUUUAAUUUGGGCUUUCUGGAAGGGGUUAUAUCUGAUCCAGGGUGGUUUGAUCACCCUGGGUCUGGGAUAAUUGAGGUAAGUGCUGAGAUCAUAUUUGAGGUAUUUGUUUUUUCCUUAAAUUCUAUAUUGAAGUUGAUAUUUUGUCUAUUAACAACUCAUAGGAAUGUUUCCUGUGUGGUAGUUAUUUUCG